AUGCCCAGCGCUCGCCGUAUCCGGGUCGCGACCGAACUCACUCGGCGCCGCCGGGUGCGCGGCCAAGGCAUGGCGCUCUCGCUCCUGUGUCUCCUCUUCGCGACGCUCCUCGCCGUGUGCACCUACGUUCUUAGCAGGAUGGCCAACACGCCUGUCUUUAUGGGUCUCAACAUCGAGACAUUUACGAGCAACCAGUUCAACAUCCCCAUCAACGCUCUUCUCCAAGCUUCCGACAGCGUCCUCCUCUCGAUCAAGAACGCAAGCGUCGACGCGAGCAUCUCGCUCAGUGAUUUGCACUACAAAGAGUGCGCUAUGCAGGACAAGGCGUGCGCGAGAGCGUUCCUCCCUCGGUCCAACGACAUCUGGCGCCUCGUGGCCAGAUCUUUUGCGCUGAUUCCCAAUUUUGACCAGCCACGUUUUCAGAACGCCACGCAGACAAUCAAGAUCCAGCACAUCAACAACCUCAGCGGCUGGAACAAAGCGACAGCGCAGUUUUCACUUGCCGAGCACGAUGUCGCCAUCACGUGCAUGCCCCGCCGAGCCAGCUUUUACCCUGCUGCGAGCCCCGCUUCGAGCGCAACCGUGGACACGCUCGCCUUCUGCUCGCAACGCAAAUUUGAUCCGGAUUGGAUUUGCGAAAAUGACGUGCCGCUGGACGCCAACACGUAUGCAAUCCAAGUGAGCCACGGCCAGGCCACGUACAUUGGCGUCGCAGCGCGUCGACAAGUCUAUCUAAACCCUGGACACGUUGCUACGUUUACAGGCGGCCUGCACGGCGACAUGCGGCUGGGGCCGGUCGAGGCGAUCGACGAGUACGACGGCGGCAUCGUGCAAGUACUGGCACCGUGGGACGUGCUUCCCUUUGGCAGCUGCGCGACGCUCAAUACGGCCACGGGCUUGGGCUGGCUCAUGGACAUGCAAGGCUAUGUGACGCUGCUCUGGACUUGCGAAUCGAUCUUCUUUCAGAGCGCGCUCGUCCUCUGGCUGCUGACUGUCUACUUGGUGCUGCUCCAGUUUGUGUUCUUGCGACAUAGCGUCAUCUGCUGCGUGCCCGUCUACUUGUCCAAGAACGUCAUUGGCCCCGUGAUUUUGCUCUUGAGUUUCUACGGGGACCGCAGUCUCCAGACGCUGAGCACGUACAUGUACCAGAACCCAAGUUUUGGGAAAGCGUACUUGGUGUACAUCGGCCCCGCACAGCUCGCAUCGAUCGUCGGCAUCAUGACGGGCACGCUGAUUCAGAUCUGGUUCAACCCGCGUCUCGUGACCCAGACGUGGCUGCUCCUGGUGGCCAGUGUCGUCAACUGGGUUCUGGUCUUUUGCCUCGAAGCAUUUGUGGUCGCCCCCGAAAGCAACGCCGUGCCGAGCACGUGUCGGCUCGCGACCUCCAUCAACUGCUUUGCGUUUGACGCGAUUCCUCGCCUUUACUGGCUCUCGCCGCUCGUCUCGGGCAGCGUCGUUUUCGUUGCGAUUGGAUGCGUCUACCUCAACGCCAAGUCCAUUCCGUACACCGUGCGCGUGCCUCGGACCAACUCGGUGCUGCAGUACCUCGGCGUGUCCAACCUCUCGUCUGUCACCACGUCGAUCGAAGGGUGCACAUCGACCAACGUGAACGGCGACGUUGUCCUCGACCGCGGGCUUCUCUUGGUCAAAAACAUGCUCCACGUCUCGGACGCCUACGUCACGCGCACCUGCAACGUGCAGUACGAACUCUUCUAUCGCCUGCUUCCAUCUGCUCGACUCCAGCGCAUCUUCAGUCAGCUUAUCGGGUCGGUCCUCGUCGUCCACGUCCAUCGCAAACGGAUCCAGCAAACGUCGAGCUACAAGCAUUUGCACGAGUUGAACAUCAGUGGCAUGCCUCAUACCCCGGGGUACCUCUCGUAA